GGGCCCUGGAGGGGCCUGUGUUUGCGCGGUCAGGCCCGGGGACCCCGGCACCCGCUCGCUCGUUAGGCUGCCCGCGCGCUGGGCGGGAGGCGGCGGAGGCCCGGGGGCGGGCCUGAGGCCCCGCAAGUCCCUUCUGCCACUUUGUUCCCUCAAGCCUCCGUUUCCACAUCUGUGUCUACAAAGCCGUACUUUCCUGAAUCUUGUUUUAGCACCAGAUGAAAUGGUGGUAGGAAAGCCCUCGCCGAGCUGCGAAUAUUCAGUUAUUGUCACUGCAAACCGUUAAGACUCGGGCGUUGCUGUUUUCUGCCUGAAACCCUCUAGGAGUCUUGCUGUUGGUUUGUAAAAAUGGCUGAAGAAGAUGCAGAGCAGCCUGAAGGUGGUGGACUGUAUCAUCGAGGUCCAUGAUGCCCGGAUUCCACUUUCAGGCCGCAACCCUCUGUUUCAAGAAACCCUGGGGCUUAAGCCCCACGUGCUAGUCCUCAACAAAAUGGACUUGGCGGACCUGAAAGAGCAGCAGAAAAUUAUACAACACUUAGAAGGGGAAGGCCUAAAAAAUAUUGUUUUCACCAACUGUGUAAGGGAUGAGAAUGUCAAGCAGAUCAUCCCGAUGGUCACGGGACUGGUUGGGAGCAGCUACCGCUAUCAUCGAGGUGAGAGCCUAGAGUUCUGUGCCAUGGUGAUUGGGAUCCCCAACGUGGGCAAGUCCUCACUCAUCAACGCGCUCAGGAGACAGCACCUCAAGAAAGGGAAAGCAACCAGGGUGGGCGGCGAGCCUGGGGUCACCAGAGCUGUGAUGUCCAGAAUCCAGGUGUGUGAGCGGCCGCUGAUGUUCCUGCUGGACACUCCUGGGGUGCUGGCUCCUCGGAUCGAAAGCGUGGAGAUGGGCCUAAAGCUGGCCCUGUGUGGAACCGUGUUGGACCACCUUGUUGGGGAGGAGACCCUGGCCGACUACCUUCUCUACACCCUCAACAGGCACCAGCUCUUUGGGUACGUGCGGCAUUACGGCCUGGGCGGAGCCUGUGACGACAUCGCCUCCGUGCUGAAGCAGGUGGCUGUGAGACUGGGGAAGACACAGAAGGUGAAAGUGCUCACAGGCACGGGUGACGUGAACGUUAUCCAGCCCAACUAUCCCGCAGCAGCCCGAGACUUCCUCCGGACCUUCCGCAGUGGGCUGCUGGGUCCAGUGAUGCUGGACAAGGAUGUCCUGCAGAGCCCCCUGGUGGCAGGGCCCUGAACUGGUCCAGCUGGCAGCGGCCUCGCUCCUGCCUGGCCCUUGGAAGAUGUGGGGUGUCCCGGACCUUCACAGCCCAGAAUCUGAUGCUGGGACUCCCCUUCCCAGAGGCUCCAUGCUGGUCACCGUCCAAUCAGGUCUCUACUCCCGGAAGGAGCCCAUGCCUCCUGCUCCACAGCCUGGCCAGCUGUUGGUUGUCAGGGACUGUGCCUGGGGGCUAGACAUCAGGGCUGACGACGUCCCUAAGCUGUCCCUGAGUGCCUCAACUGUGCACAGUAUCUCUUCGGGAUAAGAUGACAUUUUCUCAGGAGGAGGUGAAAGUACAGUCUGUAUUUUAAAAAUCUCAAAAGGCCG